AUGGUCGGUGCUACAGUGCAGAGCGAUUUGCUGUCCAUAAUUCUUCGCUUUCGAAAGUUUCGAUACGUUUUGGGUGCAGACGUAUCAAAAAUGUAUCGUCAGAUGCUGAUCGACCCCGCCUUCACUCCAUUACAGCGGAUUUUUUGGCGGAAGUCCCCUCAAGAUCCUCUGCGAGUCCUCGAGUUAUCAACAGUGACAUAUGGUACAGCGGCGGCCCCAUUCUUGGCAACGCAGGCUCUUCUUCAAUUAGCUCGCGAUGAACGACACAGAUUCCCACUCGCAGCGAUGAUCGUGGAAAGGAAUUUCUACAUCGAUGAUGCACUGUUUGGUUCCGACGAUUAUGUAGAAGCGUGUGAACUUCGGGACCAACUGAUAGGCCUACUGAAGUCCGGUGGGAUGCAUCUACACAAGUGGUCUUCCAACGAUAAUAGCCUUUUGGAUCCUUUUCCCAAUGAAGGCAGAGAGCGAUGCGUUUCACUUGGUGACAGCGGUAUCAACGACAUUAUAAAAACAUUGGGUUUAAUGUGGAACCCUUCUACUGAUGAAUUCCUGUUCCGAUCGCAAUCUCCAGAGAAGAUCAAAGGACCAACAAAGCGACAAGUUCUGUCCGAAAUCGCCAAGAUUUUCGAUCCUCUUGGUCUUAUUUCUCCUGUGGUAGUAGUGGCGAAGAUUCUGAUGCAAAAUCUAUGGAUUUGUAAGCUGAAAUGGGACGAUCCGUUAGACGAUGGCCUUCUGUACCAAUGGGAAAGCUUUUUGACAUCGCUGCCAUCUUGUGAGCAGAUUCGGAUUCCGCGCCAAGUUAUAUCGAGCGAAGCUAUCCACUACGAGCUUCAUGGGUUCGCCGAUGCCUCCCAGAAGGCAUACGGUGCUUGCGUAUACGUGAGGUCGAUUUUUCCUGAUGGCAGAGCAUCAUUGAGGCUAGUCAGCGCGAAGUCUAAAAUAGCACCGAUCACACCUGUGACGAUUCCGAGAAAAGAGUUACUAGCCGCUCGACUUCUAACAAGGUUAAAUAGUAAGGUUGAAGAAGCAUUAGAAAUGAACUUCACGUCUACGAUAUUGUGGUCUGAUAGCCAGGUUGUACUGGCAUGGCUACGAAAGCCACUUGAUAGUCUUCAAGUGUUUGUUCGCCACAGAGUUGCAGAGAUUACGUCCCACAAGCAUAUUGUCUGGAAGUACGUUCGGACCGACCAGAAUCCAGCGGACAGUGUGUCACGAGGACAAGCUGCCAAGGAAUUAGCAGAAAAUGACCUCUGGUGGAAUGGACCUCACUUUUUGCGUACCGUCGACUACCAAGAAGAGGAACCAAUUACUCUUACGGAUGUCGAGAUUCCAGAGUUGAGGGUCCAGCUGGCAGCUUUGCCAGUGAUGAACUACGAAGAAUUCCCACUCUUGACAAAGUAUAGCUCCUUCCGGAAAACGCAGCGGAUUUUGGCAUACUUGCUACGCUUCACAUCGAAUACUAGAAAGAAGAAGGAAGACCGGUUGCUUUCAGCGUACCUCACCUUACCAGAACUUCGAACGGCAUUGCAUUGUAUCGUUAGAGCUGUUCAGCAUCAGGAGUUCUCUAAGGAGAUCGACUGCAUUAGGUCAGGAGAGUUCAACCAUCGUCUAAAUAACUUGAAACCGUUUCUGCACAAUGAUCUAUUGCGAGUGGGUGGUCGACUUAGACAUUCUGAUCUACCAUUCGAAGUGAAACAUCAGUUGAUAUUACCUGACAAGAGUCCCAUCGUUUGUGGUUUAAUCGCCGAUAUUCAUCGCGAGAAUCUCCAUACUGGAUGCAGCAGCGUUCAAUAUCUUCUACGACAACAGUUUUGGUUGAUCAACGCAAGAUCUACCAUCAGAAAGGUGUUGAGAGGUUGUGUCACUUGCUUCCGAAUGAAACCUACUACGAUCGAUCAACAAAUGGGGGAUUUGCCGUCAUACCGUGUAACCUCUGCACCAGCCUUUGAGAGAGUUGGACUUGACUUUGCAGGUCCAAUCUACGUGAAGCAACCUGGACGGAAAGCCACUUCUAUAAAGGGCUACAUCUGUGGUCACGAAGGCCAUGCAUCUGGAAGCAGUGGAAGAUUUGUCAGCAGAUUCAUUCCUGGCCACAUUUCAGUGCUUCGUAUCCCGGCGAGGCUUUCCGAAGGAAGUGUUCAGCGACAACGGAACAAAUUUCAUCGGUGCAAGAUCAGCUUUGCGGGAUCUGUAUCUACUCUUCAAGGAGGAAGCCACCCGGAACAAGAUCUUCGAGUACUGUCAAGCGAAGCAGAUUGA